AUGAGUUCGUAUUUCGUCAACUCAACUUUUCCCGUGUCUCUAGCCGGGGGACAAGAGUCUUUCUUGGGUCAGUUGCCGUUAUAUUCUUCCGGAUAUACAGACCCAUUAAGACACUAUCCUAGUGCUACGUACGGAGGUACCAAUGUUCAGGACAAGGUUUAUACUCCCUCAUAUUACCAGCAAACCAGUGGUGUCUUUGGCCGUCCUGGUACCACGGCUGCUUGCGACUAUACCACAACCAAUAUUUACAGAGACGCUGACCGCUCGUGUGCGCUUGGAGGGCUCGAGGAUCACCCGCUGGUUUUAACUCAAGACCAGUGCAAGACGGACUGUACCGAGCAGAAUACAGAUGGAUAUUCUUACAGAGAGAAUAAAUCGUGCACUCCAGUUUACCCGUGGAUGCAAAGGAUGAACUCCUGCAACGGAGUAUCUGGGACCACUGGCCGCAGGGGUCGUCAAACAUACACUCGUUUCCAGACUCUCGAGUUGGAAAAGGAGUUCCAUUUUAAUCGUUAUCUGACCAGACGACGCAGAAUUGAGAUUUCCCACGCGUUGUGUCUAACAGAGCGACAGAUAAAAAUUUGGUUCCAGAACCGAAGAAUGAAGUGGAAAAAGGAGAACAAAAUGAUGAACUCAACAAAGGCCGGCGAAGAGGAAGACAGUGGAAAAAUCGGUUAA